AUGGAGGAGAAGAAAGGAGAAGUUGUCCUGUUUGGAACAUGGGCCAGCACAUUCUGCACUAGAGUUGAGCUAGCCCUCAAACUAAAAGGCAUACCCUAUGAAUAUGUGGAGGAAGAUUUGACAAACAAAAGUAAGUUGUUCCUUAGCCUCAAUCCAGUCCACAAGAAAGUACCUGUGCUUGUUCACAAUGGGAAAUCCAUUGCUGAGUCCCUCAUUAUCCUUGAAUACAUAGAAGAGUGCUGGAAUACCACCCCAAAACUAUUGCCUGAGGACCCUUACCAAAGGGCAAAAGUCCGCUUUUGGGCCAACUAUUAUGAUCAAAAGAUUGUGCCAAGUUUCUACAUCAUCUUCGGGUCCAAAGACAAGGAGAGAGAGAAAGCCAUUGAAGACUUGAGCCAAUUGCUUAAGGUGUUUGAAGAAGGUAUAGAAAAGGACUUUCCAGGGCAGUCUCCAUUCCUCAAUGGCGAGAUCCUAGGGUAUCUUGGUAUCGUUAUUGGCUCACAUGCAUGCAACUACCAAGCUGGUGAUGAGGCCAUUGGUGUGGUACUCAUAUCAGAAAAGAAUCCAGAGUUUCUCUUAUGGGUCAAUGCUCUGAAGAACUGCCCUCUGAUGGGGGAGACACUACCACCUCAUGACAAAUUGGUUGCCAGGUUGAGUGCCAGGCUUAAGUCUACUUAA